AUGUCCGAUGCCGCCGCUAUGGACCGCGGUGGAAACGCAAGAAAUGCCUCGGGUGACGACUCGAGGUACCCUCAACUGGAUGUUGGGGAAACUUUUGACAUCGAUGACGAGCCCAUAGGUGUAGCUGCAGGCGCCGCCCGUCAUCAAGGAUCACGUCUUCCAAAACCCACAAAGUGUGACCUUGCUGCCAUCGAAAAACUGUCUAGUACGGAGACCGACCCGACUGAAUGGAUAAUGCAAGUGGAGGACACGCUAGAACCGAUGAUACUCGGAGACCUUAUCGACCUAUCGUUGCCGAGACCAGGAGUCGAUGACCCAUCUUUCCGGAGAUGGUCAUACUGGUCAGCAUCAGUAGGGAGAUGGAUAGGCCUCCAAGUGGACAAAGACACGAGAACUCGCCUCGCUGGCCUCGCGGAGAGACCAAAGAUAGCCGAUGUGCUUUUCGAAGAGCUCGUUAGCUAUGCGCGGGGAGGAGAAAGAUCAGAUAACCUAAUGAUCGACAUUUACAAGCUCGCGGACAUGAAGAGAGAGCACUUCAGCUCCGUAGAGGAAUACAUCACGAGUUACCAGAGACAGAUCAGCGUCCUACGCCGUGUCAAGCUAGCGCCUUUGCCUUUUCACGCUACUGCAAUAAUGCUCCGAGAAGUCGAGGAAGAGCUUCCGGGAAUGGCUUUCAUGAAGGAGGCAUUACAAAAAGUGGCGAAUCCACAAGAAAUGACUCAGGAAGACACCUAUUCUGACCGAUACGACUACGCCGACUGUGGAAGAGGCCGUGGCCGUGGCCGUGGUGGAUACAACCGUGGCGGCCAGCGUGGCCGUGGACGCGGAGGAGGUGGAGGCAACGGAUCAUCGCAUGAAGAGCACACCGAUCGUGGAAGCUCUCACACUAGCAAUCUAAGCGGCAUAGCAUCUGCUAGGAACGCGCCCCUAAAAGGGAAGGAUAUCUACCGAUACGCAAGGGAAUGCCGUGAAGCUGAGAAGCAACGCAUCGAUGGCUUUUGCAGUUUUUGUGGAUUUGGGCCACACACUGCUAAGCAAUGCUUCUAUCUUGCUGAAAAUCCUGACUGCGAGUGGGACCUACCAAUAAGCUGCUGGUCUCUCUCGGUAGCACUUCGUGAGCGGAAGGAUAGCAAGGGCAGAGCCUCACUAGCCAUUGAGAUGCUAGCCGAGGAUUAG